AAAGAACCCAAGUGCGAGCGCCGCUCCUCUGUCCGCGCUGCCCCCUUGGAACUCGGGCUGCUUCCCAGCCCAGCCGCCUCGAGGGGCCGGACGCAGUGCCAGGCGCCCUGCAGAUGGGGCGGGCAGGGAACCCGCGCCCCAGCCGCGGGUGACAGGCGCCCGCCCGCCCGCCUGCCCCGCUCCGCGCAGUGCCCGGGCGGGCAGAGGAUGCCAGGCGGAGGCACCCCGGAGCUGGAUCUGAGAUUGCCAAGGGCGCGCUAGGCUUCAAUUCGGAUGGCCCGGAGACCGUGCCAGCUCCUGGGACCGCUUCGCCGAGAGUGAAGCUGCGCGCGGGACCUGGAGGCGGAGACCUUAGGCGGCAGCUGCCGAGGGGCGAGGCGGGCGCAGGAGGGGGCGCGCUUUCUCCCUGCGGGUCUCAGUAAUGAGGAGACUGAGUUUGUGGUGGCUGCUGAGCAGGGUCUGUCUGCUGUUGCCGCCGCCCUGCGCACUGGUGCUAGCCGGGGUGCCCGGCUCCUCCUCGCACCCGCAGCCCUGCCAGAUCCUCAAGCGCAUCGGGCACGCGGUGAGGGUGGGCGCGGUGCACUUGCAGCCCUGGACCACGGCCCCCCGCGCGGCCAGCCGCGCUCCAGACGGCAGCCGGGCAAGCGCCCAGAGGGAUGAACCGGAGCCAGGGACUCGGCGGCCCCCGGCGCCCUCGCCGGGCGCACGCUGGUUGGGGAGCACCCUGCGUGGCCGGGGGCCGCCUGGCGUCCGGAAGCCCGGGGAGGGCCCGGGGCCCGAGACCCUGUGGCCGCGGGACGCCCUCCUAUUCGCGGUGGACAACCUGAACCGCGUGGAAGGGCUGCUGCCCUACAACCUGUCUUUGGAAGUCGUGAUGGCCAUCGAGGCAGGCCUGGGCGAUCUGCCGCUUUUGCCCUUCUCCUCCCCUAGCUCGCCGUGGAGCAGUGACCCUUUCUCCUUUCUGCAAAGUGUGUGCCACACCGUGGUGGUGCAAGGAGUAUCGGCGCUGCUCGCCUUCCCCCAGGGCCUGGGCGAGAUGAUGGAGCUGGACUUGGUCAGCUCGGUCCUGCACAUUCCAGUGAUCAGCAUCGUGCGCCACGAGUUUCCGCGGGAGAGUCAGAAUCCCCUUCACCUACAACUGAGUUUAGAAAAUUCAUUAAGUUCUGAUGCUGAUGUCACUGUCUCAAUCCUGACCAUGAACAACUGGUACAAUUUUAGCUUGUUGCUGUGCCAGGAAGACUGGAACGUCACCGACUUCCUCCUCCUUACCCAGGACAAUUCCAAGUUCCACCUUGACUCUGUCAUCAACAUCACUGCUAACCUCUCCUCCACCGAGGACCUUCUGAGCUUCCUGCAGGUCCAGCUUGAGAGUAUUAAAAAUAGCACGCCCACCAUGGUGAUGUUUGGCUGCGACAUGGAAAGCAUCCGGCGGAUCUUCCAAGUUACCACCCAGUUUGGGGUAACACCCCCUGAACUUCGUUGGGUGCUGGGAGACUCCCAGAAUGUGGAGGAACUAAGGACAGAAGGUCUGCCCUUGGGGCUGAUUGCUCAUGGAAAAACAACACAGUCUGUCUUUGAGUACUACGUACAAGAUGCUAUGGAGCUGGUGGCGAGAGCCGUGGCCACAGCCACCAUGAUCCAGCCAGAACUCGCUCUCCUUCCCAGCACGAUGAACUGCAUGGAGGUGGAAACUACAAAUCUCACUUCAGGACAGUAUUUAUCAAGGUUUCUAGCCAACACCACUUUCAGAGGCCUCAGUGGUUCCAUCAAAGUAAAAGGUUCCACCAUCAUCAGCUCAGAAAACAACUUUUUCAUCUGGAAUCUGCAACAUGACCCCAUGGGGAAGCCAAUGUGGACCCGCUUGGGCAGCUGGCAGGGGGGCAAGAUUGUCAUGGACUAUGGAAUAUGGCCAGAGCAGGCCCAGAGACACAAAACCCAUUUCCAACACCCAAGUAAGCUACACUUGAGAGUCGUUACACUGAUUGAGCAUCCAUUUGUCUUCACAAGGGAGGUAGAUGAUGAAGGCUUGUGCCCUGCUGGCCAACUCUGUCUAGACCCCAUGACUAAUGACUCUUCUAUACUGGACAGCCUUUUUAGCAGCCUCCAUAGUGGUAAUGAUACCGUACCCCUUAAAUUCAGAAAGUGCUGCUAUGGAUAUUGCAUUGAUCUCUUGGAAAAACUAGCAGAAGACAUGAACUUUGACUUUGACCUCUAUAUUGUUGGGGAUGGAAAGUAUGGAGCCUGGAAAAAUGGGCACUGGACGGGGCUGGUGGGUGACCUCCUGAGUGGGACUGCCAACAUGGCAGUAACUUCCUUCAGCAUCAACACGGCACGGAGCCAGGUGAUAGAUUUCACCAGCCCUUUUUUCUCCACCAGCUUGGGCAUCUUAGUGAGGACCCGAGACACAGCAGCUCCUAUUGGAGCUUUCAUGUGGCCACUCCACUGGACAAUGUGGCUGGGGAUCUUUGUGGCUCUACACAUCACUGCCAUAUUUCUCACUCUGUACGAAUGGAAGAGCCCCUUUGGAAUGACUCCCAAGGGGCGGAAUAGAAGUAAAGUCUUCUCCUUUUCUUCAGCCUUGAAUGUCUGUUAUGCCCUCUUAUUUGGUAGAACGGUAGCCAUCAAACCCCCAAAAUGCUGGACUGGAAGGUUUCUAAUGAACCUCUGGGCAAUUUUCUGUAUGUUUUGCCUUUCUACAUAUACUGCAAACUUGGCUGCCGUCAUGGUAGGUGAGAAGAUCUAUGAAGAGCUUUCUGGAAUACAUGACCCUAAGUUGCAUCAUCCCUCCCAAGGUUUCCGCUUUGGAACUGUCCGAGAAAGCAGUGCUGAAGAUUAUGUGAGGCAAAGUUUCCCCGAGAUGCACGAAUACAUGAGAAGGUACAACGUCCCAGCCACCCCCGAUGGAGUGGAGUAUCUGAAGAAUGAUCCAGAGAAACUAGACGCCUUCAUCAUGGACAAAGCCCUUUUGGAUUAUGAAGUGUCAAUAGAUGCUGACUGCAAACUUCUAACCGUGGGGAAACCAUUUGCCAUUGAAGGAUAUGGCAUCGGUCUCCCACCCAACUCUCCACUGACCUCCAACAUAUCUGAGCUCAUCAGUCAAUACAAGUCACAUGGAUUUAUGGAUGUGCUGCACGACAAGUGGUAUAAGGUGGUUCCCUGUGGCAAGAGAAGUUUUGCUGUCACUGAGACUUUGCAGAUGGGCAUCAAACACUUCUCAGGACUCUUCGUGCUGCUGUGCAUUGGCUUUGGUCUCUCCAUCCUAACAACCAUCGGGGAGCACAUUGUGUACAGGCUGCUGCUACCACGGAUCAAAAACAAAUCCAAGCUGCAGUACUGGCUGCACACCAGUCAGAGAUUACAUAGAGCACUAAACACAUCAUUUGUAGAGGAAAAUCAGCAGCGUUUCAAGACCAAACGUUUGGAAAAGAGGUCCAACGUGGGCCCCCGUCAGCUCGCCGUGUGGAACACUUCCAAUCUGAGUCACGACGACCGGCGGAAAUGCAUCUUUAGUGAUGAGGAAGGACAAAACCAGCUGGGCAUCCGAAGCCACCAGGACAUCCCUCUCCCACCUAGGAGAAGAGAGCUCCCGGCCUUGCUGACCACUAAUGGGAAAGCAGACUCCCUGAACGUAUCUCGGAACUCAGUGAUGCAGGAGCUCUCAGAGCUGGAGAAGCAGAUUCAGGUGAUCCGGCAGGAGCUGCAGCUGGCCGUGAGCAGGAAAACAGAGUUGGAAGAGUAUCAAAGGACAAAUCGGACGUGUGAGUCCUAGGUGACCACACUGCUCCCUUCCCUCAGUUCCUGGUGUUCCUCUGAGCCCUGGAGACCUUUGUCAUGCUCUUUUGUCAGACACAGGACACAGGUGUGGGGAGGCCGAGGGCUAGGUCUUCUUAGAGGUCAGGUCUGCUCUCCCCAGCUUCAGUGCGGCAGCAGCUCUCCCAAGCUCACCCCCUGUGUUUCCAGGAUAGGAGUCUUUCUCAUGGCAAGAAUCUUAAAUUAAUCAGGAGUAAGCACCACGUAAGGGAUCUGUGCAUAACUGGACAGCCCUAGCUCCUGUCAACCUUUUCACAAGGUGCCACAGUAACAUUUCUGGUUUUUAGCCCUUUCUCUGCACUAUGAACAAGAGAUAAAAUUGUUACUCACA